AUGCAACUCUCCCGCCCGGCGCUCUCGGUCGCCACCGGAGCCGCCUUUGUGGUGGACGUUGGCGUUGCUUUCUGCAUCUACUAUGUCGGCACCCACAGCAAAAAGGAUGCGAAUGUGGAUGAGUACGAGUCGGUGACGUCGGACAUCUUGACGUGCUGCCUCGUCCGAAUUUUUGUGUUUCCCUUGAUGGCCGGGCUUGCCUUCCUGGUCUACAAGCGCACGGAGGCCAGCUCGCCACUUCAGCAGUUUCGGCUUGCCCAGGAAUCUGCACGAGAAGUUGUGAGCAACGGGACAAACGGUGAUCUACGAGUGCCUUUGGCGGAGGUGCCCAUGCAGGCUGUGAAUGGCUCUGCCGCAUCUUCUAUUGUCUCCACCUCCAGCUGUGAGAAGAGUGCUUUCGAGAUGAACCGCGACCAUGCGCUGCUCAUGAAGCGGGCGGAUCGCAGGAAGGAGAUCAUCAUGCUUGUGCUUUUCGCAAUCAGCACAGGCAUGUCAUUCUACAACGGUAUCAAAUGCAUCGUGUUCCACUACGACCCGCGGUUCUUGGCCUUGCAGGGCACGCUGCAAGCUUUGACUAUGGUCAUGAUCAACGUAGAGUACUUCAUGCUGAAAAACCUGCUCAACAAAUUUACCGAGGAACAAGGGGAGCUCAUCCCGCAUAUCCACAUGCACCCGCUCUUCUUUGAGACGGGUCUGAAAUGCCAUGGCUGUGACGUCUGUGGUGACCAAAUGAAGGGUCCGCAUUACAUCGCAUACAGAUGCAGAACGUGCGACUUCGACCUCUGUCCACGGUGUUACAAGCAGAAAGACAAGCACAGCGCAAAAGGAUUUGGCGCACGAUCAGUGCGCCGAGAUGGAGAGCAAAUCACGACAUGGACAUACUUCAAGCGCAUAGUGCAGCUCUCCAUGGAAUUUUGGCCCACGCUGGUGGCAGCCGUCACCUGUUUGGUCAUCACGCAGGGAUUGCAAAUCUUCGCCCCGAAUGUGCAAGGGUCGAUCUUCGAUGGUAUCCUUGCAUAUCUGAAGAACCCCGAGGGUGGAAGAUCAAAAUUCGAGUACGCCAUGCUCACCUAUGUUAUCAUCAACGUUUUGCAGGGAUGCUUCAGUGGCUUGAAAGCUCUUGCGCAAGAACUGGUGCAGAGGCGCAUGGCCUGUUCCGUUCGUUUGAAGCUCUUCGCAAGCGUGGUCCGCAUGGAUAUCUCUUUCUUCGAUACUAUGCACACUGGUCAGCUGACAUCACGCCUGACGAAUGAUGCGGGUCAGAUGACGCAGCCGCUCAGCACAUUGAUGAAUGAUCUGCUCGCCAACGUUUUGUUGCUGGUGGGCGGCAUGUUCAUGGCUUUCCACACUUCUUGGAAGUUGUCGAUCCUUGCACUUACAAUUGUGCCUCCGAUCACCUACAGCUACCGUGCAUAUGCUAAGUGGGCCAGGAAAAUCACAAGAUCCAUCUAUUGCGCCUAUGGUGAGGCAAACAGCACUGCGACGGAUGCCAUUAGUAACAUCCGUACAGUGCGUGGCUUUUCAACAGAAGAGCACGAGGCUUUCAGAUACUCAGACAGCAUCAACACAGCCUUAGGCCACGGUGUGAGGAAUGCUUACGUUGGAGCCUCGGUGACGGCCUUCUCAACGUAUCUUAAUUUGGGCACGGCGGUGCUCAUUUUGUGGUACGGUGGUCAGCUUGUUUGUGACGAGAAAGGCGAAGUGAUGAGCAUUGGCUCUCUCAUUACCUUCCAGCUCUACUGGAACAUGAUGAACAAUGCUUUCAUUGCUCUCGGGAACGUCUUCAAUGACUUGAUUCGUUCCUCGUCAGCGGCGGAACGGGUUUUUUCAUUGAUCGAUGCCCGCCCCGAUGUCAAUCCCGAUGAUGGGGAGGAGGUCACUCGCGAUUGUGUCAAGGGCCACCUGCAGCUUCGUGGCAUUGAAUUUCGCUACAGGUCUCGUCCCGAGACCUUGGUUCUGAAAGGAAUUGACAUGGACAUGCCCCCUGGGACCACCACGGCUCUUGUCGGCAAGAGUGGAGGUGGCAAGAGUACCUUAGUUCAUUUACUCAUGAGGUUCUAUGAACCAACUGGUGGGGAAAUACGCCUGGACGGCCGGAGUAUGUCGACCCUGUCUUCCAAGAGUGUUCGUCGAUGUUGUGGGUUCGUUGCACAGGACACGCAGCUGUUCUCUUCCACCAUCGUUGAAAACCUUGCCUACGGAAUUGGCAGGGGGUACACGCGUGAUGAAGUAGUUGAAGCUUGCCAAGCAGCCAAUGCGCAUGAGUUCAUUCUGGAAAUGGAAGAAGGUUAUGACACGCGAGUUGGCGAGAAAGGAAUCAUGCUAUCUGGUGGACAGAAGCAGCGUUUGGCAAUUGCACGAUGCUUCCUUCGCAAGCCUCGGAUGCUGUUCCUGGAUGAAGCAACAUCAGCUCUUGAUGCAGAGAACGAGGCAAUUGUGCAGGGUGCGCUCGAGACUUUGCUAUCGGAGCUGAACAGCACAGUUGUGCUGAUCGCUCACCGACUGAGCACGGUUAUCAAUGCAACGCAGAUCUGUGUCGUACACAAGGGAACGAUUGUGGAGCGUGGCUGUCACGAUGAGCUCGUUGCCACCGGCGGAGUCUAUGCCCAGCUUGUCAGUCGUCAGCUUUCCCGUGAUGCAAGCGCUGUGAUGGAUUCCAAGAAGGAGAAGACAAAGCCUUCCUCGAAGGCGACUGAGAUCGAUGAUUUGAUCGAGGAGAUGGAGCAAGCAGGCGGCAAGUUGGGAGAGUGA